AAGCGGGCAGCGGAGACACAACAGUGUCGUGCAUGCCGGGAAAAGCCGCGCCCCGGCGGGCUGGGAAUCGAAAGCGAUAACGCAGCGGGGGAGAGGAGCAGUCUGGGCGGCCAUGCAGGGGAAGGAACCGKGCUCCUUCCCGCUGCUGGUGCGAGGGGACUGGGGCCCSGCCGAGCCGCCGCCCGCGCUCAGGAAGAAGCUGCUCUGCUACUUCCAGAGCCAGAAGCGCUCGGGCGGCGGCGAGUGCGAGCUGCGGGCCGGGACCGAGCCCGGSACCGAACCCGGGCACAUCCUCGUCUGCUUCGCCCGCCCCGAGGUCAGGCAACGAGUUCUUCAGAGACAGAUUCAUCAGCUGCAUUUGGGAGGAGARGGAAAAUUGAGGUUGAUUGUCACAGAGCCUGAAACAGCACUAGCUACUCAAGAGGAGACGCUUGAAGAAAAAUCAGUUCCCACAAAGGCUUUGGUUGCCAUGGGAAACCUUCAAAUAAAAGAUGAUACAGAAGACUUGCAGAAAACAGAGAGUUGUGUUCCAAACAGUGAACUCUUGGAGAAAGCUGACUCUGCAGAGGCCUCACCUUCGGUGGUGUUUGAGAACAUAGAGAGAUGCAGUCCAGACUGCUUACGGAUGCUGUUGGAGAGCAUCAGCGAACUGACUGUAGAUGCUGACUUCACUGUGGAAAUGAUACCUGAAAGAAAUGCUGCUGUAGCUACCUUUAUGAAAAGUAUUGAUACUAAGGAAUUUAUUGAAAAAUGUUCACAACACAAGAGAGUUACAGAGUUCAAACUGACUGCCAGGCUUCUUGAAUUGACCCAGACCAUCAAGGCUGAAAACCUCCCAGACAACAUUUCCACAGACUACCUCACAGUGUACUUUGAGAGUGCGCGGAACGGAGGGGGACCCGUGUCAGAUGUGCAGUUCUUCCCUGAGGAGAACUCGGCCAUCAUUACUUUCUGCGACCGCAAAGAUCUAACCACGGUCUUGGAAAAGCAACAUUUACUGGAACAGACACUGAUUUCUGUGCAUCCSUAUUACCACUCCCUGAGAACAGCUCUCUAUGGAGAAGAAAGACCAGCUGUCAAGAUACCAGACGCUGUUGGGGUGCCACUAGACCCGUAUGUAUGGCAGUUUUUACAAAGGCAUGCCAAUCUGACCCAGAACAUAAACCAGGAAAUGGCAAUUUGCCAUUGUGAGCUCAAAUGGCCCCAGGCAGAUUGUGCAAACCCAGAAGUUACGUUGUGCCCAUCGCCAUCUCUCUGUGAGCAGAAAAAGCCAAUGAUUAAGUUGCUCAAGACCUGGCAGCAGGAUGCUUCCACGGAGUUCUCACGUAUCAUGGCACRUUACAUAGCUAUAAAAUGUAAAGUAAAUUCGUCCCGUUGGGAAGAUGUGAAAAACAGGUUGUUGAAAGAUACUGCUUUGAUCAUAACKGAUGUUUCUGAGGAGAUGGUGGUGAUUGCAGGCAACAGGGCAGCAGUGGACAAUGCAGAGAAGGAAGUGAGGAAAUGCAUGAAGCAAAGAGAAAAGGGAAAACAGAGUAUAGAAAUUUCUGUGUCAGUGAUUCCGGGGAAGUAUGCUGUGCUGCACAAUGCUGGAUUAAUAGAGAAUAUUCAGAAGGAAUAUCCAUGCCUAAAGAUCUUUUAUGAUGACAAAAAAAAGACUGUUCAGUUGUGUGGAUUACCUGCAGAAGUAUAUAAAAUCAAAGCUGACUUACUGGAGAAGGUAUUGAGUAUGCCAUGUACAUCAGUUACCAUCGAUCCCCAUGUUUUCCACUAUCUGCGGUGUGUAGAUAAUAAAAAAACCUCAGAUAUGUUAUUCAUUAGGGAAAAAAUCAAUACUUUUUACGAACUUCAGGAUGAUASUGUGUUGCUAUAUGGACAUGCUCCCAAAGAUCUUCUAGAAGCAGAAAAGCAAAUAAAAACAGGCUUAGAAUACAAGUGCAUCAAUGUGGAGGACGGUGAAGUCAUUAAAAAGAAUGAGUGGAAGAAUCUUCUUGUCUCAUUGCUCAAAACAUAUAAUUCUUCCCAGGAAAUUGUCAACACUUGGCAGUCUGUUGGAAAAGAAAAUAAAAUUAUUAUUGCUGGCUUUUCUAAGGCUGUAACAGAGGUUUAUCAGAAGCUUAAUGAUUUUGUAGAUAGGAACACAGUCAUGGGAAAAGCAAUCCCAGCUAAUUCAGUGGUGAUAGUGCAGUUUGUAGAGAAGGAGAAAUCUGGUGUUUGUGAAGAACUGAAGAAGAAAGGUGUGAAAGUACGUUUUAACACCAAGACACCAUGUAUUUCCCUGUGGGGACCAAGAGCAGAAGUCCCAGAAGCAUUCACCAUGUUUGAAAAAAUUGUCUCAUCCCUUCACUCAAAGAAUGUGCCAAUUGAUAAACCAGGGGCAAAAGAGUUCUUCACUGAGAGAAAAGAUUUAUGUGUUUUAGAGGCAAAGCAGAAAUUUAGCUGCUUCAUUAGGAUUAAGGAAGAAGAAGAUGAACAGAAGGAUGAAAAAGUUGGUGAUAAAGUGAAAGGAAAGCUCUACUAUGAACAAAACCUGCCAGGUGGAGUUGUGGUGGGAGUGUAUAAAGGUGACUUGUGUAAUUACCCUGUUGAUGUUGUGGUGAAUGCAUCUAAUGAAAACCUAAAACACAUUGGUGGCCURGCUGAYGCCYUGUCAAGAGCAGCUGGCCCAGCACUGCARGAGGAGUGUGAUGAGCUGRUGAGGAAGCACGGGAAUUUACAGCCYGGCUGCGCAGUGAUCACGGGCGCCGGGAAACUGCCCUGCAAGAACGUCAUUCACGCUGUCGGGCCCAGGUGGAGCAACCAGGAAUCACCAAGGUGCAUGUGGUUGUUAAGAAAGACAGUGAAAAAAUGUUUGCAGCUAGCUGAAAUAUACAAUCAUCGUUCCAUAGCUCUGCCUGCUAUAAGUGGAGGGAUUUAUGGCUUUCCACCGMGGAUGUGUGCAGAUUCAAUUGUAUCCUCUGUCAAGGAGACCUUGGAAGAAUUCAUGGAAGACUGCAGCUUGAAGGAGGUCCAUCUUGUGAGUAAUACAGAAGAAAUGAUUCAGGUUCUGAGUGAGACAGUAAAAAGAGUAUUUUCAGCUAAAUCAUCCUCCCCAAAACGGCUACCGCUGAAAAAAAGCCAGAAGGAGAGGAGGAAAGGGGAUCUGAAUAUGGUUACAACAAAUGAAGGACUUUGCAUCCGAGUGGAGAAGAAAAAUAUUCAGGAAGCCACGACUGAUGUUGUGGUCAACAGUGUUGGCACAGAUCUGCAGUUUGGCGUGGGGCCUCUUUGCAAAGCCUUGCUGGAAAGAGCUGGACCAGCUCUUCAAGGAGAGUUUGACACCCAAAAACAAAGUGAGUCUGGGAGUGUGCUCCACACCAGUGGAUGUGCUAUGGCCUGCAAGUCCAUACUUCAUGCCAUACUACCUGUGUGGAAUGGACGACAUGCAGAGGAGAUCCUAGAAGAUAUAAUCCAUUUCUGCUUGAAGAAAACUGAAGAACUUGGACUGAAAUCGAUCACUUUCCCAGCUAUUGGGGCUGGAGGAUUUGGAUUUCCUAAAAUCAUUGUUUCUAAGUUAAUGUUUGAUGUGGUAUACAAGUUCAGUAGAUAUCACACUCGGAAGCAUCUCCAGGAAGUCCAUUUUGUCUUGAAUCCAAAAGAUAUUGAUAGYAUUCAGGCUUUUACCAGUGAACUAGAACGUAAGGCAGAUGAAAGUUGCAAUGCUGCAGCAGCACAACCAAGUUUAAUUAGGCCUGUUUCUACUGAAGAACUGGGAGUUCAUGAAAUGAAGAUUGGUUCCAUCACACUCCAAGUAAUUAGUGGAGAUAUUACCAAAGAAGAUACAGAGGUUAUUGUAAACAUAUCGAAUUCAACAUUUGAUGCCCAAACAGGGGUCUUCAAAGCAAUCAUGGAUGCUGCUGGUUCCCAGGUAGCAGACGAAUGUGCUGAAUAUGCUGGGCAGUAUCAAAGUGGCUAUAUUACUACACAGGGUGGGAAUCUGUUGUGCAAGAAAAUCAUCCAUUUGAUUACCGAUAACCAGGUGAAGAGUCAGGUCUCCCAAGUGCUUCACGUGUGUGAGCAAAGGAGGUACAAAUCUGUUGCCUUCCCAGCUAUUGGAACAGGUCAAGCAGGACAGAGUCCAGCCAAGGUAGCUGAUGAAAUGUUGGAUGCUAUAGUGGAAUUUGCAAGACGGAAAUCAGUACAGCAUUUACAGACAGUUAAAAUCGUCAUCUUCCAGACAAAUAUGCUCAUGGACUUUUAUGAAAGCAUGAAAAAAAGAGAAGAUUUAGAUUCAUCCACAACAGAAUCAUGGUUAUCUUCGCUUAAAUCCUUUUUUUGGGGCAAAAAACAACCUUCUGAGAAGAAAAGGUCAAUGACUUUGGAGAAGAAAGUUGAUUUGGUCAUAUUUCAAAUUUGUGGAGAAAGCCAAGAAAAGGUGRAUGCARCUGAGUCCUGGAUAAAGAAUUUAAUUUUAAAGGAACAGUUUGAAAACACUAUUUCAGAUGAGGCAAUUGAAAGUUUUGAUGAGACACAAAUUGCCAUUUUGGAAGAUCUCCAGAGAAGAAAGCAAGUCACCAUUCAGCUUGAAAAUAAGCUUUCUCCCCCUCAAAUAAAAAUUUCUGGUAUUAGCAGGGAUGUCUGUUCCGUUUCUCUAGAAGUACAAGAAAUGAUCCAACAAAUUAAGUCUACUGAAGAAGAACAAUCCAAGGCAGAACUUCUUUAUAAYCUGGUAGAAUGGAGGUAUCCAGGAAGCAAAAAUAGUUUUGUUGCUUUUGAUAAACUGACAAAUAUGCAGCUGGAGCAUGCCAAAAUAGCUAAGAAACCAUAUCUGGAUGUCAAAAUUAACAACAAGAGCUACAAGGUGGAUCUCAAUACUCUGAAGGCUACUGAUGACCAAGGAAAAACUAUAAACCUUCAACGUGUGACAAAGGAUGAAGAUAUGCAGUCAAUAGAGCUCCCUAAGGACUGGACAGACAUGCAAAAUGAACAGGUCAAACUGGUGAAUCUCAAGCCAUCACAUCCUGAAUAUAYAGCAGUUGAGAAGAAAUUUAAGGCAACAUGUCCCAACUUUAACAUAGAGAAGAUUGAAAGAAUACAAAAUCGCAUCCUCUGGCAGACAUACCAAUUAAAGAAAAAUUUUCUCUGCAAAAAGAACAAGAAUGGAAAUAACGAGAAGUUGCUGUUUCAUGGRACAGCUGCAUCCUCAGUGAGUCCUAUUAACUACUAUGGAUUUAAUCGUGGAUAUGCUGGAAAGAAUGCUGCUGCCUUUGGAAAUGGAACCUACUUUGCUGUUCAUGCACGUUACUCUGCUCGGGAUGCUUACUCCAUUCCAGAUGUGAAUGGCAAAAAACACAUGUACUUGGCUCAGGUCCUAACUGGGCAGUACUGUGCUGGGAGAAAAGGACUAAUUGCUCCACCACCAAGGAGCCCAUCAGAUCCUACUGACCUGUAUGAUAGUGUGGUUGAUAAUGAGUCUAAUCCAUCAGUGUUUGUCAUAUUUAAUGACAUUCAGGCAUAUCCACAAUACCUUAUUACAUUCUCAUAAUAGAAUGGUCUUAAUAGCCUCAAAAAUUUUAGUGCCUUUUACAUGUAAGAAUUUACAGGUCAAUUUUUUUUAUUCUUUUUACAUCUAGGUUUCUUUAUUGAUCUAUCCAUGCGUUUAGCUAUGUCUUCAAAUUAUCAACACAAGGACUAUCRUAAGCAAAUAUUUCAGAACAUGUUAUUUCAGUACUCAAAUUUCAAGUUCUGUUACGCAGAGAUGCAGGCAAGAGCUGUGAGAAUAGCUCUGUCCUCUUCCUACACAAGGCAGAGGGGAGUGGUUAAAGAGGGAGCUGCUCUGCCUUUACCAUGGCCAGCAGUAAGAGGUGUAGGGCAGGUCCUAUUUCCAGUAUUCACCAUAAAGCACCUUGUGAGGAUUUGUUUAAAACGUUCAAAAUGUUUUGUGCUGAGGGAAUCUGAAAGGUCUUUUCCAAUCAAAACAGUGCUAUGUUUCCAAAUAACCUCACCCAUCAGCAGAGUUUUCAGUCAUCCUUAGGUACCCACUCAGCCUUGUUGGUGCUACAAGUCUGGAAGAAAAAACAAUCCAGUAUGAAUAUGCACUUUGUAUUUAUUGUUACAGCCCCCUUACCUAUAUGUUUGUUACCCUGUCAUACUUCGUAAUUCUCUAGGUAUAAACUACUGUAUCCAUACCCAUUUCUUAGGGGAAUUUCCAUAGUCCCCACUAUUACUUCYAGCUUCCACAAAGUUACUGCUUUUCAAUUUUAAAGACUGUAAAGAGGGAGUUUUAAUUUUUUCUUUUCAGUACUGAAGCAUUAACCCUGUAGAAUCACCAUUUUGCAGAGGCAAUUGCAGAAGCAUAACUCAGUUAAUAUAAACAACYUGAAAAUUUUUAAAUUUCUCUGAAAAAAGUAAAUAAUGCCAUUUUUACAUCUUUGCAAGCAGUGCUUUUAAUCAAUUUUUAAUCAUAAAACUGCCAAUCAAAAGCCAUAUACACRGUUUAAUGAAAGUUUCAAACAGUUWCAUUGUAUUGCUGMGUUGUUUACAAGAGGAACACACUUCACUUAGAAGUUUUGUUUCACAUUUGAAUAUGUUACAGUGAUGCAAUAAAGACUUCGAAGACAAAAUGGUUUUCCUGUACUGUAUGAGUGACAUGAUUUGUGUGUAUGAAUUCCAGGUGAAAUUACUCUGCCUUAAUUGAAAAAAAGA